AUGGACUUCGGACCGUUCAUCUUGAAUUCAACAUCGCCACCCACAUGGCCACCCACAUCAGCACCAACAGACCCUCCAGAAGGACAAGGAGGAGACGAAGGAAAUGCUUCGGUUCUUACGAUGCUCUUUCUCACUUUUGCAUCAGUGGUUCUCACUGGCAGCACACUGCAGUGGGUCAUUUCUCGCGGUCUGUUCUCCAAAGGACUGAGUAAUCCUCGAAACACCUACAACAUCAUUGUCCUGCUCGCGGGAAUAUUCUCCGGCAUUCAAGCGAUUUGCAACUUUCUUCUCUACUACUAUGAGCCAACCGAAGUGUGGUUCUUAUUCCUGCGCCUAACACAAUGGGUGAUCAUGACGCACACCUCUAUUAUGAUUGUCAGCAAUAAGCUAUCCAUGCUGUACCGGAACUCACCAAAAGUGUGGAAAAGGUUACUACUCAUCAACGUUUCCAUGCUUCCAAUCUCGAUUCUUGUGUUUGUUUUGUUGGUUGGCGACAAGUUAUCUGACUCGGUCGCGUACACAAAGAUGAAUCGGAUCAUUGAACCUACGCAGAUUGCGCUGUGGGGAAUCAUUGAGUUUGUCCUGUCGGGAAUGUUCAUCGUCAAGAUGUGGUCAUUCGAGUGGAGCGUGAUGGAGCGGAAAGCAAUUCUUGCGUUGGUCUUGGUUGGCCUUUGUGACUUGGCAACCAUCUUUGCGCAUUUUCUAUUUUGGGAUUUACCUUUUAAGGUCGUGAAAGCCUUCGCUUAUUGCCUGCGGAUCCGAUUGGAGAUCAACGCCCUGUGCGUCCUCGUUGACUGCUGGAAAUCUAGGAGCCCGUCAAGAGUGUCUGGGGUUGGCAGCCCUCCCUCAACGGACAACAAAUGUGUGUUGACUUCAUCGAUUCGAGGCCCUUUUUCAAACUCAUCCAUGCACGCACGUUCGGUGAGGUUUUCGACUGACGAUGACGACUCGCUCCAGUUGCGGACGGUGGAACUCGAUGAAGACGGUACAGCAAAGGUGGCUCAAAUUAAACCAAGGGGCCACGUGCUGAUGGAUGACGACAUUGAAAGUGAAACAGAAUUGGAUGAAUCCCUCAAAGAAAGCUACAGGUGUCGGAGAUGA